AUGAAUAACAGAAAACUCCUCUUUAGUAUUAUCCUACUCCUCUUGCUGAUCACAUCUCUCCCUCUCUGUGAGACAAAUGUAUCACAAGGAAAGUUAGAAGGAGAGGAAGAGUGCGCUCUGGUGUUUUUUCAUGGUGAACGGAAUGGACACCCCAGAGAUGGUAACAUGAAGUGGACAGUUUCGGCAUGGACGAGUGCCAUGUGGAUAGUUACUACUUGGAAGAACACCACAUCGACAAACAAGAUAUGGAGACUGGGAAUUAUUGCAUUGACUCCUCUACCUACCUCCUUGAAGACGAACUGGGGAGUGCGCUUGAAAAGGAACUCUCCUCCGAUCAGGUCUACAAUGUGGAAAUCACGAGUAUAUGGGUACAACAGGAGAAGUAGGUUAUUGCAAGGGGGGGGUGACGAGAAGGAUGAGAAGGAAGAGAAGGAAGAGAAGGAAGAGAAGGAUGGGAAGGAUGCGCCGCACGGGGAUGACAACAGCAGUCAGUACUUCAAGUGCUUCGUAGACAAGGCGAAGGAGAACCUGAGCGUGGAGGAGGAGGACAUGGCCAGAUGGGUCGACCCCGAACACAACUCUUGUUACUGCAGUGAAGAAAAUACACAACCAUGUACCAUGGACGACAUAAGGAACUCUAAGUUUAUAAGUCAAUUGAUGAGGACAGAAAUUUGUGAUAUCAGUGACAAGGGGAAUGAAAACAACCUGUUCAUCGUGUUGGACAAGUACUCCACAAUAAAAUGUUCCAACGUAGAAAGUACGACGAAGAAAAUUAAUCAGAUCGAACUGUACAACUAUUGCAAAAGUGGAUUGCCUUCCUGGGACAACAAACACUUUUAUCAGUACCUAGAUUGUGACACGGUGAAGAACAAAAAAGGAAAGACGAAGAAGGACAGGAAGAUAAGUUCAAAGGAUGUUAGAACGGGUGCACGGCGAUGGGGCGAAAUGUGUGCCGACCUAUGCGAGGAUAUAAAAUCGCUAUGCAACUCGAAGAACGCGCAAUUUUACUCCUUCGAAAUGUGCAGUAAGUAUUACGAAAUAAAUCACUUCACCGCGACUAUUUAUAACGGGAUUUUUAAAAAAUUCAACGACAACUGUUCCUACUUGGACCCCACAAAUAGGGGAUUACUUCUAUGCAAACAUAAACACAUAGCGUGUGAAUUCAGUGAGUGGUCCGAUUGGAGCCCUUGCUCAAAGUCUUGCAAAAAUGAUAAUUACGAUGCUGAAGCAAUUCGAAGGAGAAUAAGACACCUAGUUAAGGAAGUGAAGUAUGUUGGAAAGGCGUGCAGCACAGUGGUAAAGGAUAAGAACAAAUUGUUAGAUGUAGAUUUUUGUAACGAUGUUCCUCUUUGUUCUUCUGUCAAUCCGUCUAGUAAUGCACCCAAUAAUGGUAAUCCUACUGUUGAUACUCCUACAUCGGAGAAGAUAUACAACAACCCUCCUUUUGUGAUACCUCUUAAAGAAAUAGAAAAGGCUAACAUGUUGAACGAUUUAAAUCAACAGGAUGGAGAUGUUAUAAAUGAGAACUUCCUACAUAAUGAUUUGGAUACCCUAACCCAGUGCACCGUGACAGACAUGGCCCGAUUCGAAAAUUCAAGGGAGUACAAUGAGAAAAUUAAAUCUUGCGCUUGUCCUCCUUACCACUCUCCAUGCUACUUCAAAGACAUAUACAAAUCAGAUUUCUGGAAAAACUCCUUCGAUAAACAUUGUGCGGAUAAUCCCACUCUUAACGUUGUCACAGCAGACUUUGUUAUGCUCAGUUGUGAUAGCUCUAUCACCAUUAGGAAGAAGGAAAUUGCAGUUCAUACAUACCUUGCCAUGACAUUUGAUUGUCGAUCACCUACAUUUCAAUACCUGUUUUGCUCCAAGUCUAAUGAAUCUUCCAGAACGAAUAUUUUUUAUAUCACCCUUACUUGUGCCCUUGCCUUAAUUUCUGCCUUGUACCUCAUGCACUUUCUCAUCACCGAGCAUGACAAGUGGGCCUUCUUCAUCACUAGUGUCAUUCGCUCCAAACGAACUUCCCGGGCGGAUCCCCCUUCCACAGGGCCCUCCUCCGAUGAAGCCAGUGAUGCGGCCGAGACAACCCAAAAGCGAAAUGACAUCGGCAAGCGAAAUGACAUCGACAAGCGAAACGACACCCAAAAGCGAAACGACACCCAAAAGCGAAACGACACCCAAAAGCGAAAUGACACCCACAAAUCAAAUGAUACCCCACCGUAA